AUGGAUUUUCAGAGAAACUGGACAGAGUAUAAAAAUGGCUUCGGUGAUCCACGUGACCAGUUUUGGAUGGGAAACGAGGCUCUCCACGCGUUAACCAAUCAGGGAAACUAUUCCAUGCAGAUUGACAUGCUGUCUUGUAAUGGAAACUUCUACUAUGCCAGAUGGAACCUAUUUCGGAUUGAAAACGAAACCCAAAAGUAUGCCGUAGAAGCUAUCAGCGUAGAAUCUUUUAACACAUCUUCUAACUCUAACCUUGAUGACGUGCAUGGCAGAAGAUUUGGCACGUACGACGUCCCCAUUGGUGACUGUAGUGAGGAGAGAG